AAAGCAUCAUAUUCUCAUAAUUAGAAUCAUGGAUAAAAUUGUCAUUUUAUAAUUGGAAGAUGCGGAAGAACAUGUCCCAUUUCAAAUGUGACCACAACCUUAGUGUCCCACACUAACAUGUCCAUGUUCAUUUUCCUUCACUCACUGCUCUUUCUUUUCAUUCAUCUACCGACAAGUUUUUAGUUUUUGCAUAAUCUCAUUCAAUGGCAGAUACAUAUUCUUUAAGCAUUAUAGCAGAAAUGGAUAACCUUUGGUUUCAUCAAAUCAUUCUUUUCUCACAACCAACAACAACACUAUUUGUAGCAAAACAUGUUGAAAAACAUGUUUCUAUAUCAGAAUCUUCUUCUUCUUCUUCUUCAUCAUCAUCAUCAUCAUCUAUUCUUUCUUUGACACCUCUACUAGAUGAAGAAACUUCAGCAGAUGAAUCACUUUCUUCACCAAAACAAGUUUCAAUAAUUUCUUUACCAGUUCAGGUUGGUUCAAUUGAAAACAAAGAAGAAAUCAAGGAAAUAUUAAACAAAAUCAGUCAUUUGAAUAGUUCACAUUUAUCAGGUUCAUCGUUACCAACGACUCGAAACCGUCCCGAAAAAUCGAGGAAAAAUGAUAAACUGCAAAAAACUAUGAGUUGUAGGACACUUGGGGACCUUGAACUUGAUGAAGUGAAGGGUUUUAUGGAUCUUGGUUUUAUAUUCAAGAAGGAAUACAUUAGUCCAAGAAUGAUUAGUGUUGUCCCUGGCUUGCAGAGAAUUUGUUCAUUCCAAGAUAACAAAAAGACCCACUCAGGGUCACAAAUAAUGGAUGAUGCAUCAGAAAAUGAUGAUGGUGAUGAUAUUGUUGUUGAAGUUUAUGAAGAUGAAAAGAGAGAUAUCAUGAGACCUUAUUUAUCAGAAGCAUGGCUUAUAAAGAAGCCUGAUUCACCAUUACUAAGCAUGAAAGUUCCCAAGACUUGUUCAGCUGAUAAUAUGAAGAAACAUCUUAGGGUUUGGGCUAAAACAGUGGCCUCAGAAGUCGAACAAGAAUGAGUUUUAGCAUAUAGUUUUAAAUUGCGGACCAGAACCGCAACUUCAAACACGUUGGCCGUAUUUUCUAUAUAUCUGCAGGCCGCAAUUUAAAACCAUGUUUUGCCUAACAAUAAUUGUAUGAUAAAUAAGCAUAAAUAAGAGAGUUGGUGCAAUCAUGUAUGUAAAUUUUCUUCUUUCCCUUAACUAUUUUUUCUUCUCAUCCUAACAAAUUGACAAGUAGCUUUUUCCUAUGAAAACAAUUAAUUCAUCCAACUAAUUGUUGGUGUGGUUGAUGAAUUGUGUUGUUGUGAGGAAUACAAGUUAGGUAGAAAAGACAGAAAGAAGAUAAGUAGAUAGAAAUGAAGAGGGACCAAUUAAGUUACUAUAUAUGGCGUGUUGAACUGGCAAGUGGGGUUGUACCUAGAAAUGAAGAGCUCAAUAAGACUGUUCUAUUGUUUUUUUUUUUUUGGAACCAUAUAUGACUAGAACAAUCAUUAUUCAUGUAAUGUAAUAUGUUUGGCUUCUUUUUAUCUCAUAUAGAAACAGAAAUUUUGCAGCUACUUCCAUAAUUCAUGUCUCAUUUGUAUUCCCUUUGUCUACACUGAUCAAUAUUACUCCCUUUUUUUUACAUGCUAUUAGCAUUCCGGUGUAGAAAGAAAUUGGGAGGUAGAGCAAUGAAAACCACCGCUUUGGAAUAUUGGUCUCUCAGAUCGAUCCCGACUUUCUUAGACUUCCAAUACAUAAUGUUUUGGACUGACCCGACAGUUAGGCGUGGCCCAAUUUACUUCUGCGUCCAGAGCGGCCCAAUAACCUUGGCCCAAUUACCUAAGGACAAUGGGAACGCUACCUUUCAUGACCCUGUGUCGGGGACACGCCUCCAUAAGGUCAAAGGACAACACAUCAUCGCUACAUUCGACCUGGCUUGCCCAUUCGCCUACAGUAAGGCGGUUCCUCUGCUCCUCGGUCAAGGACAGAUGGCCCCUGCUCGUUGGACAUCUCUGUCGACCAGAGAUACACCUCUGCCUGACCAACGACUUGUUUUGGGCAGCCUCCCAAGAUUCCUAAACAUACUCCUAAAAUCCUAGAAGUUAUGCGUUUUGAGCCUAGAUCCUCGAUCCAGCCCAAAACAUGGCCAAUAGCCAAGCGCUGGGGCAGGCAAAGGGCCUAGCAAAGGAGGGAGGGUUGCAGUCCCUAGGAGGGGCGAUAACCAUAUGUCUCCCUUGAUUAGAAACUACCUCGCCCUAAGUGCCUCUCCCUCGUCUAGUUAUGAGAAAGUACAUGAGAAAAAUGUUUUAAGUUAGAGUCAAUAACUUAUCCACGCAUUCCUAGGAAAUGGAGAAUCAACGGUCCAACAUUGACUAAAUAGUCGGUGAUCAUUCCAAAGGAAAACCUAUUGUUAAGUGCCAAAUUGUAGUUAUUUUGUGUAUGUAAAUAGUGGCACUUAUCGAUACUUUUUGUUAAUACCGUUUGAAUAAUUCCCCGUUUUUGUGUAUAUUUGUAUCGUUUAUGUUUUGUUAUGUUUUCGUGUAAAUAUAUACCGUUUGAUAGUUUUGUUGUCUUUUUGUAGGUAUUUAUGCGUGUUCGAAGCUUUGAGGAAUAAAGUGUCGAAGACACGGCGGCGAGCACGAGAUUUUACCAAUUCAUCACAGACAAGGCUCUAAAUAAGGAUGAUAAAAAUCAUCAAUUUGGUUUCAAUUUAUUCAUUGUUAGAUAGAGCAUGGAAUAAGCUUUCCAACGCUUCGAACCGGGCGCAAAUCGGAGUUACGGUUCUCAAGAUAUGACCAAAACAAGAUUUGCUGUUCUGUUGAGCGGGCUAAGCGGGCUUGACCGCGCUAAGCGCGGUCUGGGAGCAUUUUUGAGCAAGUUUGGCAGAGAGUUGGGCGCUUAGCGCGGGUUUUUGGCGCUAAGCGCGGUCUGGCGGCUUAAGAACAAUAAAAAACAGCCCGCUUAGCGCGGUGGGCGCGCUAAGCGCGGUCUGCGACUUCAGUUUUGGUAUAUAUGUUGUAAAAUCAUAUUUUUUAGGUAUGUUUUGGGUAUUUUUGAACCCCAACUCAUCAACCUUCAAUUUUUGGUAGAUUGAGCUUAGAAAACAACAUUUGUGGCUUGUAAUCGAAAGAUUCUUGGUCGGGAGCUCAAUUGAUCGUGAUUGACACCGCGAAAGAAUUGGUUUUCUUCUCCUCCUCUUCUCUUUGUA